AUGGAUAUGCUUCCUCCGCAAACCACACCACUUCCCCAUAUCAUCCCCUGCAUGAUAUCCGAGACGCCUCUUAAUCUACCCGCGAACUACGCUUCUUCCACCCUGAAUCUUACCUCUGAUGGAAUUCUCGUUAUCCAGGAGGUGUCUACUGAGAUAACCGAGCGCAAAUCAGAAGAAUCAUGCACCCUGAACUAUUCCUGGUGUCUGCUGUCAGAUGGUACCAAUGGGGAUGGACAUGGUAAGGACUGGUUGUUACGCCAGCGUGUUCACGUUGUAUGGAAUUUUGAGAUCCCGGCACCGGCUGGACCUGCUGAUGAAGCGAGCGAGGUAUUUUACAGUGGAACCGUCAUGCUUCCGGGAAUGGAUGCAGUAUAA